AUGCAGAUCAAAAAUAAAGUCUAUGCUUUAACUUUGGGUUCCGUUGCUCUCGCUGCUUAUGCUCCUUCUGAGCCAUGGACUACUUUGACUCCAACUGCUACUUAUAAGGAUGCCGUCACUGAUUAUCACACAACUUUUGGCAUUGCUGUUAUGCCACUAUCUUCCUCAAAGGCUAAAAGAGAUGUUAUUUCUCAAAUUGGUGACGGUCAAAUUCAAGCAACUACUAGUACCGUAAGCUCUAUUUCGUCCAAGGUGAAGACUGCAUCCAAAACUACUACUGCAGCUGUUGUUUCCCAAAUCGGUGAUGGCCAAAUCCAAGCUACUACUACUACCUCUUCAAAAUCCGAAUUCACUGUUACUGCUGUGUCCCAAAUUGGUGACGGUCAAGUUCAAGCUACUACUACUACAACUGCCUCUGCAUCCUCUAUUUCUACUUCCACAGCUUCUAACGAUCCAGUCGAUAGAGUUUCAUGUAAGACAGAUGGUACUUUACAAUUAACUUUGCAUAAAGGCAUUCUAACCGAUGAAAAGGGAAGAAUUGGCUCCAUUGUUUCUAACAGACAAUUCCAAUUUGAUGGACCUCCACCACAAGCUGGUGCCAUUUAUGCUGCAGGUUGGUCUAUUACUGAAGACGGUUACUUGGCUUUAGGUGACAGUGAUAUCUUCUACCAAUGUCUUUCUGGUAACUUCUACAACUUAUAUGAUGAAAGUAUUGGAGGCCAAUGUGGCCAAAUCCGGUUGGAAGUCGUCGAUUUAGUUUCUUGUUAG